GCUCUCCUGGUCAAGACGUGACCCACCAGACGUGACCAGCCAGCAAAAGACCUGCUCUCCGGCUCGCCAUCGCUGCCAUGUCCUCCGACGACUCCCAUCUCGCCGACCGCGUCGACGAUCAGCCACCCGCCGAGGAUGACCUGAACCCUCUCCCUCCCCCUCCCUGCAAGCAGUCGCCAUCUCUGGGGCAUAAUGAGCCCCCCAGCGCCAGCACCGCCUCAGAGUCGCCAUCUCCAAACCAGUCCGAUCCCUCCUCGGUCGAGCAAAACAUCCACCAGCAUCUGCUACACCACCAGCUGCAGCUCCAGCAAGACCACCCCCAGGACUCCCACCACGAUCUGCAGCAGCUGGCACAGGCCGCUCAGCAGACCCCGCCCCAGCUCCAGCAUCUGCAGCAGCACCAGCUCUCGCACAUCUCGCAGCAGCUGGCCCUGCACCAGCAGCAGCAGCAGUCGCAGCAGUCCCUGCAUCAGCAGCUCCUCCUGGCCACAUCCCUGGACAAGGAUAAGCUGGCUGCCGGUACAAGCCCCCAGGCGCUUCACUACCAGAACGCCAUCUACGGUGCCAUCGCCGAGUCUGCUGGCUCUGCCGGCAAGCCCCCCGUCGGCUCAGACGAGUGGCUCCGCCUCCGACGAGAGAACCACAAGGAAGUCGAGCGCCGCCGGCGUGAGACCAUCAACGAUGGCAUCAACGAGCUCGCCAAGCUUAUCCCCGAGGGCGAGAAGAACAAGGGCCGCAUCCUCAACCGCGCCGUCCAGUAUAUCAUCCAGCUCAAAGAACAAGAGCAGUCCAACCUCGAAAAGUGGACCCUGGAGAAGCUGCUGUGUGAACAGGCCAUCCAGGAGCUGAGCACCCAGGUGGACAACCUCAAGAACGAAAACGAGCAGCUGCGUGCUGCCAUGGCCGCCAUGGAAGAAACUCCCCGCAAGCGCUCGAGAGAAGAAUAAAAAUCCUGUAUAUACGGCUGUUCCAGAAAUCCGGUGCUGUCGCCAAGACAUCAAUGCUGCCGAUCGCCCAAAAACAGACUGAAGCCCUUCUGACCCGACUCUGCGCUUUUGGCGGCCGUCGUUUGUUCGUGGUGGAGGGAACGGCAACCUGUUCGAAACCUCCCAUUUCGGAAUAUCCUGCGCAGGGCACCUGGCUCGAUCGCGGCUGCUGGAAUUGAGCCCAUCUCCUGUAUUCGCUGUGAAUCCACUCCGCUGCGGUGCGAGGCAGCCAUUUCGAUCGUGCCAGCAUACGCCUUACUCUUUGCCCACUGGCCCGGUUUGCGCAUGCGCAAGCGCCAACUGGCUCCAUCUUCUUGCUCCUUUGAUCUUUCUCGUGUGCCUGUCCAAAUUUUGUGAAUCCGUUACCAAUACAUAUCGCUCUCUCCUUUGUUCCUAUCA